CACCUCUGUAUAGAAGGGCCCAUGAACCUGUGUCUCACUCAUCUCAUGCACCUGUUCAUCCCUUCAUAUUGUUCACAACACUUGGCUUUCUCUCUAGUAACUACUACUACUACUACUACUACUUCUCUCUCUCUCUCUCUCUCUCUCUACAUAUUUUUGUGACCAGUGACCACCGAAGACGAAGACCAUCAACUUCAUUGUCGCUGAUUUUAAACAUCAAUGGCUUCGAUUGUUGAAUCUUGCUGGCUGUAUCUAAUCUGUCACUUCAGUGACUUUCAACUGGCAUGUCUCGGGAGUUUCUUUCUUCAUGAAAGUGUAUUUUUCUUAUCAGGACUACCAUUUAUAUAUUUUGAAAGGGCGGGAUGGCUGGGCAAGUACAAGAUUCAGACGAAAAAUAACACCUAUACAGCUCAGGAGAAAUGUAUCACUCGCCUGCUGCUGUAUCAUUUUGGUGUCAACUUGCCGGUUAUGAUUGUUUCUUAUCCCGUGUUCAGAUACAUGGGCAUGCGAAGUAGUCUCCCGUUGCCAUCCUGGAGAGUAGCUUCAACUCAGAUUUUAUUCUACUUCAUCCUGGAGGAUUUUGUAUUCUACUGGGGACACAGGCUUUUACAUACAAAAUGGCUGUACAAACAUGUUCACAGUGUCCAUCAUGAGUAUGCAACACCAUUUGGACUUACGUCUGAAUAUGCUCACCCGGCUGAAAUACUGUUCCUUGGUUUUGCUACAAUUAUUGGUCCUGCCAUCACCGGGCCUCAUUUGAUAACCUUGUGGGUGUGGAUGGUUCUUAGAGUUCUGGAGACGGUUGAGGCACAUUGUGGUUAUCAUUUCCCAUGGAGCCUCUCAAAUUACUUGCCUUUAUAUGGGGGUGCUGAUUUUCAUGACUAUCAUCAUCGACUGCUCUAUACAAAGUCUGGCAACUACUCAUCAACUUUUGUCCACAUGGACUGGAUAUUCGGUACUGAUAAAGGCUACAGAAAAUUGAAGGUGCUAAAGAGCAGCGGGAAUGAAGAUGUGAACAAGCGACAAUGAAAACGGUACAAUUGAAGAAGGAAUCCUUUUGAUUUCUUUAACAUCACAGGCCCUUAUCAUCAUGUAGUGUGUGUUUAUUUGUUGAUCUUGUCUCUCUAAUAUGGAAAUGCGGUUUGUUUGGAUUGAAUGGAGGAUGAGAGAAAGGAAGUGAUUCCGUUGUUUGGUUGGAAGAAGGGAUGGGAGAGGAAGAAGGGGGAUUCCAGCAACCCUCUGGGCCCACCUCCUUUCAUCCUUUCAAAAAUAGGUGAAAGAGGGGAGGGAAAGAAGCAAUAGCCCAUUCCAUAUUAUAUAAAAUAACAUUUUACCGUUUGAUUAUCUACUUAGAUUACUUUGUUAA